CACGCCGAACUUCCAUCAUUCUCUUCAUCCUUCGCGGACAAGAUUGUACCGCCAUUGAGCAAUACUAAGUGGGAUGACCCUCUUGGAUCCAACUGCAAAGUGCUUGGCUGUAGGAUAGCCGUCCCGCCGGGUAAAUGUAGAGAGCCUGGUGCAUCGUGGGGCUGAAUACCCCUCCAUACAUAAGAACCCAUGGGGAAGCCUACAUAUAAUCAUAGUACACUGCUGCCUUUUCCAGUUGUCGUUCCAGAUACAAACAACUGAAUACUUCACAUCAUGGCGGACAAAGAACCCAUCGUCACACACGUUUUCACCGCCGACCCAUCGGCCCACGUCUUCAAUGGCAAGCUGUAUGUCUACCCCUCGCACGAUCGUGAGACAGACAUCAAGGAUAACGACAACGGCGACCAAUAUGACAUGAACGAUUACCACGUCUUCAGCAUGGAUGAAGUAGGUGGCCCAGUCACAGAUCACGGCGUAGCCCUGAAGCAAGAUGACAUACCCUGGGUCCAAAAACAACUCUGGGCCCCUGAUGCCGCCAGCAAGAACGGGAAAUACUACCUCUUCUUCCCGGCCCGCGACAAGGAGGGUAUCUUCCGCGUUGGUGUGGCCACCGGCGACAAACCCGAAGGACCAUUCAAGCCAGAAGCCGAGCCCAUAAAAGGCAGCUUCAGCAUCGACCCCGCGUCUUUCGUCGACGAAGACGGCUCUGCGUACCUGUACUUUGGCGGCAUCUGGGGCGGCCAAUUACAAUGCUGGAAGACUGGGAAAUUCAUCCGCGAGGACUACGAAACCAUGGAAGCGCAAUCUGGCAAUGCCCUCUGCGCAAAAGUAGCCAAGCUGUCAGACGACAUGACUUCCUUCACCACCGACGUCCAAGACGUCGUUAUUCUGGAUGAAUCUGGAAACCCCAUUCAAGCUGCCGACCACGACAGACGGUUCUUCGAAGCCGCGUGGAUGCACAAGUAUAAUGGGAAAUACUACUUUUCGUAUUCUACUGGUGAUACGCAUUUCUUGUGUUAUGCGACGGGUGAUAGUCCGUUGGGCCCGUUUACCUACGGAGGCAGGAUCCUAGAGCCCGUCAUUGGAUGGACGACGCAUCAUAGUAUCGCGGAGUUCAAGGGCAAGUGGUAUUUGUUCUACCAUGAUUCGAGUCUGAGUAAGGGGGUCAACCAUCUUCGAUGUGUGAAGAUUAGGGAGAUUGUUUACGAUGAGGCGGGGAAGAUUAAGUUGGCGGAGAGUCAGCCCAAGGUCAUGUAGGAGCAUGUUGGUUAAGCUGAUGUUGGACUAUGAUAGCGUAGUUACUUCCGACGAAAGCACCUCUUGAUCCGCGCCA